AGAAAAGCACCAGAGUUUUGAAAGGGACACCCCACCACCGCUCUCUGUAUCUCUCCAAAGUUUUCUCUACCUUUAAACUUCUCUCUUUCUUUCUCCCUAGAUUUUGGUGAAUCAGUUCAAGUUUUGUAAUCUAGAGCACUGAAAAGCGAGGGGAGAGAGAGAGAGAGAGAGAGAGAGAGAGAGAGAAUCAGAGUGAAAGUGGUGCAAACCCAGUUUUGUAUUUUUUAAUAUUGUUCAGCUAAAUUUGCGGUCUUAUUGUUUCGAUCACUGUAAAGGAACAGGAAGAGAAAAUGGGUAUUGCCAAUAAGGAGGCGAUCAAGCAGUUUCAGUUGUUAAUGGAAGAAGUUGAUGAGCCAUUGAAGAAUACAUUUGAGAAUGUGCACCAGGGAUAUCCAGAUGAGACAUUUGUGCGUUUUCUUAAAGCUAGGGACGGGAAUGUUGGAAAAGCCCAUAAAAUGCUGAUUGACUGUUUACAAUGGAGGAUCCAAAGUGAAAUUGACAAUAUAUUGGCGAAACCAAUUAUCCCUACUGAUUUGUACAGAGCAGUGCGAGAUUCUCAGCUUGUGGGGUUGUCAGGUUACUCAAAAGAGGGUCUUCCUGUCAUUGCUGUUGGUCUGGGGCUCAGCACAUUUGACAAAGCUUCUGUAAAUUACUAUGUCCAAUCACACAUCCAAAUGAAUGAAUACAGAGAUCGUGUUGUUUUACCUUCCGCAACAAAGAAGUAUGGACAAUAUAUUGGAACAUGUGUGAAGGUUUUGGAUAUGACUGGUUUAAGGCUCUCAGCACUUAACCAGAUAAAGCUUUUGACUGUUAUCUCUACAAUAGAUGACUUAAACUAUCCAGAGAAGACAGAUACAUACUAUGUUGUCAAUGUCCCGUACAUAUUUUCAGCAUGUUGGAAGGUGGUCAAGCCUCUUUUGCAAGAAAGGACGAGGAGGAAAAUCCAAGUUCUUCAAGGCUGUGGGAGAGAUGAGUUACUGAAAAUCAUGGAUUAUGCAUCCCUCCCACAUUUUUGUAGAAAAGAGGGCUCUGGGUCAUCUCGGCAUUCGGAGAAUGGACAUACUAACAAUUGUUUCUCCUUCGACCAUCCUUUCCAUCAAGAGCUCUACAAUUUUGUCAAGCAACAAGCUGUCCUUAGAGAGUCUGUUGCACCACUCAAGCAGGGAUCCUUCCAUGUUAAUUUCCCCGAGACAGACCACGAAGGUGCAGAGAUUGCAAAGACCAUAGAAACUGAGUUCCACAAGUUUGGAAAUCAAAAUGGGCUCACCAAGUCACUAAAUGGCCUAAGAGUCAACGCUGCUUGAAAUUUUUAAUUGUAGUUAUUAGCAUCUAUAGCCUACAUUACAUUGUACCUAACACUUCCUUUGCUAUGAGGCAGGAAUGUUGUUAUCAAAUUAACUCUAUGUAUAAGUGUAUGCUUGCAUCAGCUCGAUGCAGAUUUUUUAGGACAAUGUAAUCUGGUGUACGUUUAAAAAUACCACCGUGGAAUCGAGUCUUUGUAGCGAGCA